AUGCCGCCGCUCCUGCGCGCGCGCGAUGCCUCGCACACGGUCAUGCGGCCUCGCACGGCCAUCUCGCUGUGCUCGCUCGCCUGUGCGGCCCUCCUCGGCGGCCUCGGCGUAGACGCGCAGUCGGCGACCGGCGGCGCGACUUUCGACGACAUCGACACCAUCUUUGGGUUCGGCGACAGCUACAGCUGGAACGGCUACUCGCCCUUAGUCGGCGUCAACAACAUUCCCGGCUAUGGCCUCACGACAAGCGGCGGGUACAACUGGCUCCAGUUCCUGUCGCAGCUUGGCAGCAACCCGAUCACGCUGUACGACCUGGCGGCGUCCGGCGCGACGACGAACAACUCGGUCAUCUCGGCGCCCGCAACUGACUUUGUCAACCAAGUCGGGCUGUUCCAGGAGUGGUUCGGACCCGAUGGGACGUACUCGACGAGCGGGCAGGUGCGGUUCGAGGCCAACUCGACCCUGUACACCGUGUGGAUCGGGAUCAACGACGUCGGAGCGCCGUACAACGAGCAGACCGACUUUCCGCAGCAGCUGUCCGAGAUCUUCUCGAGCUACAGUGCAGCUAUCGCGAGCCUCUACGCAGGAGGAGCGCGCAACUUUCUCAUCCUCGGCGUCCCGCCGACGUGGCGCACGCCGCUGAUCCAGGCGUACAACGACAGCCGCAUCGACGUGUACCGGGAUCGACUUGGGCAUUACAACACCCGUCUCGCCGCCCUCUUCGACACGUUGCCCUCGUCGCACCCCGAAGCGUCGUUCCGCCUGUACGACACGGUGCCGUUCUUCGACGCGAUCCUCGACACGCCGCAGCAGUACGGGUUCGCCAACACGACGGCGGCGUGCGACGCGUACGCGGCGGUGACGGGCCCGCCCGAGAUCAGCUUGCCGCUGUGCGGCGUGCCGCUCGAGGAGUACGUGUGGUGGAACUCGUACCACCCAGCUUGGCCCGUGCACGAGCUCCUCGCGAGCGUCAUCGGCGGCAUCCUCUCUAGCCCCAACUCGAGCCCAACCACGACGCUCACCUCGGCGGGCGGCCUCCCGACUGCGGCGUCGACCGCCUUGGGCAGCACCGGCACCAGCACCAGCAUCAGUGCGCCGCCGACCUCGAGUGCGGCACCGUCGUCGUCGUCGGUGCAGCAGAGCGUCGCACCCUCGGCGUCGGCGUCGGGCGCAGGCGGGAGCGGCGGCGCGCCCGCGCUGCGCCUCAGCUCGGGCUCGAGCGCCGCGCUCGCGCUCGGCGCAGCGGUGGCGGUGGCGGCACUGCUCGGUGCGCUCGCGUGAGGAGAUGCUGGCAGGGCGACAGGGGGAGCGAGCGAGCGAGCGGCGGCGCUAGAUAGAGCCGGCGCUGCGCGAGGAGGGAGUGAGGGAGGGAGGCGGGCCGCACUGUCCUGCACCGACUCGACUCGGCGUGCGACCGCCUGCAAGCUCUAGACACAUCUCUCUCGUGCGUGUC